AUGUCCCACUCAGCCCAUCCAUCAUCAGCCGACAGUACUGAUAGGAACGACACUGCCGAUGCGUGCAUAGGAGCGGGCGGUGAUCGCUACUGGUCUUCGUAUGAUCCGCGGAGUCCCCCGCCGUUGAGUAGCGCAGAUGGGCACGUGCGAGUGGUGAUGAUCUCCGAUACGCACGGCAACGAGUUGAAGGAUGUUCCAGAUGGAGACAUCCUCCUCCACGCUGGCGACCUCACGCGUCUCGGGUCCACGGAGGAGCUGCAGGAGCAGGUAGACUGGCUCUGCUCCCUCCCUCACCCCAUCAAGGUCGUCAUUGCUGGCAAUCACGAUUACGCGCUCGACCAGGACGAGAAGAGAAAUUGGUACUCGACAAGAGGCAUAGAGCUGCACACUUCCUUCGGAUAUCCACCCUCCAAGCCAUCUGAAGCCAAGGAGAUCCUACGUCGUGCUCACAACCAUACCACUGCGCAGGGCAAGCCAGCGGCGCUGCACUACGUGCAGGACGAGCUGAUUGAGGUAGAAGUGCAGCGCAAGGGACUUAGAGAGGGUGCCAAGAAGAAGUGGAGCAUCUGGGGAAGCCCGUGGUCGCCUGAAUAUGAAGGAUGGGCAUGGAACUACAAGAGAGGAGAAGAAGCCAAAGCAAUUUACACGUCGCUGCCUUCAAAGGUAGACUUCCUCCUCACACAUACGCCUCCUCACCGUCUCGGUCGAUUGGACGUUCUGCACGACGGACGAACUCACGUCGGCUGCGAAGAGCUGGAGCGCAAGGCCGUCGAAGGGGAAUGCAGGGCGAGGGUGUGGGGUGUGGGACACAUACACGAGGCGAGAGGGACACAUCUUCAGCGAUGGGAGCACCCGCCAAGCACCUCGCAGCCCGAGCCGGCUGCUGGCGAGAAGGCGUUCGACUGGAUGAGCACGCUGCUAGUCAAUGCGGCUCAGGUGGACGUAGAUAUGGCCAAGUACGCUCAGGAACGCAAGCUGGAGUACAAGGUCGUCAGCCAGCCAGUCAUUGUCGAUCUCGCCGUCUAA